AAGUCAACAGUACAGACAGUGACCAUUCUUUCAUCAUACCUAUCCAGACCAAAGCAGUGUGUGAGCCAGAGGAGGUGCUAGUUCCCGCUCUCCCAGAAAGAACCUGUGUGGAGCGAGGCUAUAUCACACCACAGCAAGUGUACAACCUGCUUAAUGCAGAGGAGGGCCAGCCCGCCAUAUAUGAUCCAUACUAUAUGCUCAUCCUGGACUGUCGCAGUGCAGAGAGGUACAAGGACAGCCAUGUGAUGACAGCGCGGGCUGCUGUGACGGUGAUCCACCCUGCACUGGGCUGUCUAAUCAGCUGUAUAGAGCUGCAGAAGUACUCUAUAAUACUGCUCUAUGCUGAACAAGGAUGCAGCCCAGUGGGCAGUGUGAAGGCCAGGGCAGACUCCCCAGACCUCCAGCGCUGUUUCUUUCAGCUCAGUGGUCUGGGAAUGGACCCUGUCAUCAUACUGGGGGGAUUCUCGGCCUUCUAUACCCUCUACCCUUUCCUGUGCACACCACGGAUGGUCCUGCUCGAACAUGAGAGGCACACUCUCACCAUCUACCCCUCGGAGAUCCUGGAAGAGGCUCUCUACCAGGGUUCUGCCACGCAGGCCUCCGACUACCGCAUCAUCAAGAAUUUACACAUCACACACGUGGUCAAUGCCACUGCCAACUGCCCUGACGCUUUCCCCAACAUGUUGUGCUACCUGCGGCUGCGUCUGAGUGAUGAUGCCCAACAGGACCUGGUACAGGCACUGCCACUGGCAUCCAGGUUCAUCAACACGGCCCUGAAGGCUGAGCCAGCUGGCCGUGUUCUGGUCCACUGCAGUAUGGGCAGAAGUCGCAGCUCGGCACUAACACUGGCCUUCCUCAUGCAGCACCGCAGCUGGACUCUGCUUCAUGCCGUGCGCUGGUUGAAGGAGAGGAGGGCAUGCACGGCACCCAACGUGAACUUCCUGCGUCAGCUGUUGACCUAUGAGGAGCAGCUGUUUGGAAGCAGACUCACGACCCUUGACGACAUCCGCAGAUGACUGGAGAUGAAUUCGAAUGGAUUUGAACAUGCACACUGAGAGAAAGUGUGUCAUUUUUUUACAAUUCACAUUCUGAGGAAGUGUAACAUAAGCUGAGACUGAGUAAAUAGGUGGAUUCUGUCCUACAAGACUCUCAGACACCAGCCAGUAGUAUUUCCCGCUAAUCCUGCUUUACCGUCAAGUCCACCACUGUGUUUUUUCUGUGCAAUGUCCAGUAAUCUUGCAGAUGUGUACAUUUAUCAACACUGUAUGACUCAUCUUACUCACGUUAUGACAUUUUGUUGAUAGUUAAUAAAGUGUAUUUAUUAUUUUUUA